GGUGAAGGAGAGGUCGACGGUGAGAGGGAGAAGGUGGAGAGAGAUAUGGGAGGAGGCGAAGAAAUUGUGCUAUUUAGCAGCGCCGAUGGCGGCUGUAACUCUAUCGUUCUUCUUGGUCACAGUAAUUUCAUUGAUGAUGGUCGGCCAUUUAGGAGAACUCGCUCUCUCCAGCACCGCCAUAGCCAUUUCCUUUACUGGCGUCGCUGGCUUCAGCGUGAUUCUAGGUAUGGCUAGUGCUCUAGAGACGACCAGUGGGCAGGCUUUCGGAGCCCAACAAUACGAGAGAGUCGGAACUCAAACCUACACAGCCAUCGCCUCUCUUCUCUUUGUGUGCGUUCCCUUGUCCCUCCUGUGGAUAUACAUGGGGGACUUGCUCAAACUGGCCGGCCAAGAUCCUCAGAUUUCACACGAGGCUGGGAGGUUCUCAGUUUGCCUCAUCCCGGCCCUCUUUGGGUACGCGGUUCUGGAGCCGCUCAUUCGUUACUUUCAGAUGCAGAGCUUGACCGCCCCACUGCUCGUGAGCUCGUGCACCACACUCUGCAUCCAUUUGCCUGUGUACUGGGUGCUUGUUUACAAGUCGGGGCUGGCGAAUCUAGGAGGUGCUGUCUCCAUUGGCCUUUCCACAUGGUUGAAUGUCGUCAUCUUAGGUUUGUACAUGGGGUUUUCGCCUGACUGCAGGAAAACGAGAGCUCCGAUCUCGAGUAAGAUAUUCGAGAUCCAAGGCAUGAAGGAGUUCUUUCGCUUUGCAGUUCCUUCCGCUGUUAUGGUGUGUCUAGAGUGGUGGUCGUAUGAGUUGAUGAUCUUGAUGUCGGGGCUAUUACCAAAUCCUCAGCUUGAGAGCUCAGUGCUGUUUGUGUGCCUAAACUCUAUCUCUACGCUCUAUGCAAUGCCGUUCGGAUUUGGUGCAGCAGCAAGCACCAGGAUUUCGAACGAGUUGGGAGCCGGGAGACCGGAGGGGGCACGUCUCUCGGUUAGGGCGCUGGCGCUCCUUGCUGGUGUGAGCGCGUUGGUUAUAAGUUCGUGUGUGUUUGCAAGCCGGGGUGUUUUUGGCUACAUUUUCAGCAACGAGAAGGAAGUCGUGGACUAUGUAGCGUACAUGGCUCCACUUCUCUGCCUGUCGAUCAUAACGGACAAUGCCCAAGGAUGCCUUUCGGGGGUUGCUAGGGGAUGCGGGUGGCAGGACCUUGGCGCCUAUAUCAACCUUGCGUCGUUUUAUCUUUUUGGAGUCCCUAUCGCGAUUGCACUGACUUUCUGGCUUGAUUUUAGAGGGAUAGGCCUUUGGAUCGGGAUACUGUCCGGUGCAACGCUGCAGACGAUUCUGCUCUCGUUAAUAACAAUCUUCACAAAUUGGGAGAAACAGGCUGCUGAAGCAAGGGAGAGGCUAUUUCAAGAGGAGUCUUCACUUGUUAAUAAUAGGCUUUCAUGAAGAAAUGAAAUCUACAUUUUAUAAUAUAGUUAUUACAGUAUUUUUUGACCAAUUGAAUUGGUGUAAAUGUU